AUGGAAUUUUACUGUAGAAUAGAAAUUAAGAGGCCUUUGAGUCUUUUUUAAACAGCUCAAAUACCAAAGAAAAAGAUCCUUUUAGAUCAAGCCAAAAGAGAUAACUAAUUUCGUCAUUUUUACUAGAUCAAUCUUCAAGAAAUUUCUAAUAAUCUUAGCUAGAAUUCAUCUCAUAGAUAAAGAAGAGGUGAGCAAAUUAAUUUAAAUAAAAGUUUAAUUGGCUAGAAUUUAGAAUAGUAUGAUAAGCAAAACGCUUCUUCAUCUUUUGUACCAAUUUUGACGUAGGAUACUAGAUUUCAAAAUGUAAGAAAUAAGUCGAAUGAUAACUUAAGCAAACAAUAAAAGCCCAAACACAACUUUUUCCCAGUAAUAUGUGGAGUUUCCUAAAUUCCAAUACCUAGAAUAAUUCAACAGAAAGAAAAAAAGAAAUAAUACUCUCCAAAUAGAGACUUAAACCAUACUACUGAGCUGUUAAAGUAUAACAUGAUGAUAAAUUAGUAUGUGUAGCAUCAUAAUGAUUUUUAAAGUUCGUUCUCACCCAUAAAAAAGAAGAGCAUUAUUGCCUUUGGUAGAAAAGUGGGAGAUCCUGUUAAGAUUAAUAAAAAACUACAAAGCUCCCAAGAUAAUUUCUUUAAUAUGACUUCACCAGAUCCACUAAUCAAGGAGGAAAUGAGAGAGACUGGCAAUAGUCUUAAUAAGACAACAAUUUUAAAAUAAAAGUAGAAAAUCACCAAUUCUAAGAAAAACAAAAGACUACUUAUGCAAUCAAGUGAAUCAUAAUAUGAUGCGGAGGAUUUCUCAGGAAAUAUAUCUCCAGUCAAAUUGAAAAAUUUGAGUUCAUAAACCUACAAGAUACCGUCUCCAUUAAAGAGCCCAACGAAAAAAUCUCAUGGUAAAAGAGAGUCAGCUCUUUCUUAAUCUUAUGGAACACCAAUGCUUAAGGAGGAAGAAGAAGAAAAUAAAGAUGAUGAUGAAACCGUUAAGAAUGAAGAGAAUGACGAUGCUGAGACUAUCCCAUAUUAACAUUAAUUAGAUGAAGAAGAUAGCGAAACUGUAUUUAAAGAGUCUCUAGCAUUAACUUAGAAAAUGACUUAUGAAUUUUCAGAAUCUAUAAAUCAACCUGUCAUGAUAACUGGUGACAAACUAACUAAAGUUUUUUAUAAGUAAACCUGUAUGAUUAUUAAAACAAACAAACUGAAUCACAUUUAAGCAUACCCAGAAAACUAAACUCGAUUAGUAUAUUAUAAGGACUCUAGAAUCCUUCAUCAUUCAAUUCUUAAAGAUUUUGAAUAAGAACUUGGAAUUGAUCUGAUAGUUAAGAGAGCUACUAUGAAUUAAGUUGUGAUCGAAUCCGACUAAACUCAGCCUUAAUAGUUCUCAGAUCCAAAGUAGAUAGAGGGCUUCUUAAAACAGCAUUCCAAGGCAUAUAGAUCAGUAUUCUCCAUUUAACAGAUAGGUAAAGGUGGAGAAUCUGUAGUUUUCAGGCUUUAAACUUAGGAACUUGAUGAAAUCGUUGCCAAAUGUCCUAUUCUAAAAGUUUAGCCUAAUUAAUCCAAAGGAGAAAGCCUUAAUUUCUUUCAAUAAACUUUAUAUGAAAAUCAGCUCCUUAAAAUCAGACCCAAUCCUGAGUUCACAGCAACUAUCAAAGAAGAGGUUAUAGAAUUUAAUAAAAGAUUAGGUGUAAUAAUCCGUUAUGUGGCUAUAAUAGAAAGAGCUUAAAAUGAUCUAGGUGUUAUUUCAAAAACUUGGAAAAAUCCAGAAGAAAGAAUCAAGAGAAGGGAAUUUUAUUCACCUGAAAAAUUAGCUUACUAUUGUUUUUAAUCAAUGAAAGCAAUAAAUUACCUUCACUCAAGACAUAUCUACUAUGGUGAUGUAAAGCCAGAAAAUUUUUUGAUAUUUAGAAAUCAGCUAGUAAAGGUAGGAGAUUUCGGAAUUUCAUUGAAGCUUAAUCCAAAAAAUGAAAAUAAUAAAGGAUAUCCAUUUUUAUACAAGACAAAAGGAUAUACGAAAAGCUUUUCUCUAAGCUAUAUACAGAAAUUUGAAUGUUUAAUGACGAAGCCAGAUUUAUACAGAAAUGACAGAUAUGGACUGUGGAAAGCUUUUAAAAUGGUUUAUGAUCAAAUGACUAAUUAUGAUUCAAGUAGCAAAUCACAAUUAAUAGAGGAAAUGCUUGAGGAUCUUGAGAUCAACAAUAAGUACUUCAUCAAUUUGAAUUAGAUAGUUUAGAAGUACAUUAAAUACUUCUCAACUAAUAGUCAAUUUGCAUUAAGACUGUGCAAUCAACUACUAAAUGAAAAUAUGGAUAGCUCUAUAAGAGAAGUGUUGAAAAUAACAAAUUAUUGUAACAUUAUUAAAGGUAUACAAUAGUAUGCAUAAUAUCAAAGAGAAUCUUAAAUUCUAAAUCAAAGUCCUAGAAGAAUUAGAAAGCCAAUCUAAGAGGACAAAAUCCUUGAUAAAGGAGAACUUGUCAAUUUCCUAAGGAUAGAUUAAGAUAAGAAUGGUGAUUUUAAAGAUUAUGAAGAAGUUAAUUAAUCAUCCAGUAAAAAGCUAAUUGAUACUUCUCACUCAUAUUUCUUGCAUUUUCCUGAGAAUGGUCAUUGGAAUUUCUAAUAGGACAAAACUGAGCUUGAUUAUAAUGAUUAAAUAUGGAAAGACAUUGUUCUUUUGCUAUUGAAAUCUUGUGAUUAAAGACAUGAUUAGUGUUUAAAGUUUUAACUUAGAAAGAGAUGUUAGUCUGCUUUUUAGUACAAGCAGAUUUUGAAAGAUAUAAAUUUUGACUAGAUUAGUUAUGCAGAAAUAUCAAGGAUUGAUUAGAAUUACACAAACUAAGAACUUUUUCAGUUCUUUUAGUUUUUGAAAUAUACAAAGCCAGACCAUAAAUUAUAGAGUCAGAUAGAAAAUUUAUUUAUAAGACUUAAGAAGUAUGAGAUAUUGGCAGAGAUUUAUCAUUCUUAGGCUAAAAGAUGGUUUUUCUCCAAACAUCUAGAGCUUUGUGAACAAAAAUCAAUUCAGUGUCUUAAAUUGGCUAAGUAAUUGAAAAAAUAUGAUUUAGAAUUUGAUUGCUAUCUUAAGUUAGCAUACUGUGAGUCCUAAAAAGGAAAUUUUUUUUAAGCAUUUCAAAUGAUCAAGACAUGCUCAAAAGUUAUUAAACAGAAUUUUAGUCAUCAUUCAUUGUAAUACUAUGAAAUGCUCAAGAUCAAGUCUAUCAUCUUUCAAUGUCAAGACAGAUUAAUUGAGGCCUUAAAAUGUGAAGAGUAAUGCUUUGAUAUCUGCAGCAAUCUUCUAGGAGACCCAGCUGAUGAAACACUCAAGUGCUGCUAGAGAUUAGGAAUGCUUCAUCUUAAACUUUUGAAUCAUCAGGAAUGCCUACAUUAUUUGGAAAAAUACUGUCGUCUUUCCAUUAACUAACUUGAUCAUUAUAUCUACCUAUUUGAAGCGUAUUGUAAAUUCUUAGAAUUUGAGAAGCUAAAAGAAUUGAUAGAUAUAGUAAAAGAAACUUAUAACGAUAAUGAUUUGAUUUACCUUGCUUUUGCUGGAUCUUAUUUCAAACUCAAUGAAAUCUUUAUUCCUGUAUUAAAUGAGGAUGAAGAAAACUAAGUUCUAAAUAAGCUGUUAAAUUUGAAUGAUAGAUGGUAAUCGUCACUUCAAGUCAUUAAGUACAGAAUUCUAAUGUUAGGGGGAAUUUAGUACUGUAUUGAUUUUCUGCAAAGGUAUAACAGAACGAUUAAUUUACUGGACAGUGAGGCUAUUGAAAAGCUAAAAGAUGAAAACCUGGAUGAUAGAAGAGUGAAGAUGAAGUUAAUGGAAAAGUUUUAUUUAAGUUGGACUGCUUGUGUCCAAGAAGAUUUAAUAUGA